CACUUUUCGCACUUCGCCUCCUAGAGCUUUCACCGGUCAAAUUCCUCUCUCUCGCUAUCCAGCCCUCCGAGCCAAGUAAGUUUCCCCUUCCUUCUCUACUUUCCCGGUCAUGUCUUCUUUUAGCGAUAUGAUCUCUUCCUCAGAGGACUGCUCCUCUGAGGACUCCAACUCCUCUUCUUCGACCGGGUCUUCUUCUCCUGACUCCAUGCCCGGUCAGGUUCCCAACUCCUCCAUUCCCGACCCGCAUCCUGUAAAUCAGAUGCCCGGUGAUACUUUCGUGGGGAGGGAUGACCCGGUCGAUGACGAACCGGGUCCCUAUGACCCUGAACACGAAACCCGGGAUGCGUGGGAGGAGCGGCUUCAUGCUGCCGGUUACUUUCCACUCCCCACCUUCUACAUCCUUGACAUCCCUUCCCGUGUAUCCAAAAUCGCCUUGAACAAAAUUCUCCUACCGGGCGGGGCUGGCUGCGAAGGCUUUGUAUUCUUCAAAGCCCGCACCGGUAGGAAGUUCAUUUCCGAAGUCCCCCAGAGUAACCAGGGAUGGAAGGAAAAGUUUGUCUUCAUCGAGUUUCCCCCCUUCUUCACUCCUCCGACCGGUCUGAAAUGGAAUGACCAUCUCCUCGACCAAGAGUAUGCUGCACCGGUCUCCUCCCCAGACUUGGAAGCUAAUCUCGAGAUCCUCAUGCGUGGGGAUCCUCAAACCGGGAGGAUCUUCCAUCAAGGUAGCUGGGUUUGGAGGGUAGAGUCGGGUGGUGAGAGUACCUCCCAGGCCCAGGAAGCAGCGGGGCGCGGGAUACCCUCCCCGGGCAACACUGCAGAGGCUGAGGGCCAGAACCACCCAGAUAUGGAGUUCGAAGAGUUCGCCAUCCCCGACGACCAACCGGCGGGGGAGACCGAGGGCUCCCAAGCCAAUCCUGCCAGGACCUUCCCGGUCAAUCCAGGGACCGUGGAAAUCCUCGAUGAAGAUGAGCCCCAAGAUAACCGGUCCAAGGGGAAGGAGAAGGAAAAGGCCGGUCGCCGGGUGAAGAAGGUGGCCACCACGCACCCUUCCUAUGCCAAGAAGAGGGCAAGGUCACAUCCUGAGCCGGCCGGCCAGACCAUUGAAGAGGCGGGGGAGAUUGGGCCGCACACAGCGGACCGGUUGGGGAUGAGUUCCCCUUCUGAAGUCGACCGGCUGAAGAAGGAGAAAGAAGAGAUGACACUCAUCCUGAGGAGCCAGGCUGAUGAGCUGAUCCGGCUGUCUGGGCUGGCCGGGGCAAUGAAGACCGAGAUCUCCCAACUGAAGGAGGAGAAUGGCCGGCUCCUGGAUGAAGUCUCUGAAGCCAAGAGGGAAGUAGCGGAGAAGGAAGAAACCUUCCUCGGGCGCGCAGCUGCCUAGGUGGAAGAGAAUAAGGCUGAAGCUGCCCG